UAUAAUCCCGUCCAUUCUCCAUAGUACCCCUCAGACUCCACCCAACCAAACUCCCUCAUUCCGCGGCCAAACGCCAAACACUAAACGCAAACGCAGGCAGCAAUGACGGAGAAGGAGUGCGAUUACCACCAGGACGAGGAGGAGAGAGCGAGGCGGCGCAUAGGAGCGGCGGUGCUCGGACUCCUAGUGGCGGCCGCAGUGGUUAUAUUCCUCGUGUGGGCCAUUCUUCACCCGCACGGUCCGCGUUUCGUCCUCCAAGACGCCACCAUCUACGCGUUUAACGUUUCCCAGCCAAAUUUCCUCACCUCUAAUCUCCAAGUCACCGUUUCCUCACGUAAUCCCAACGACAAGAUCGGAAUCUUCUACGACCAUCUCGACAUCUACGCCUCCUACCGAAACCAGCAGGUGACGUUGGCGACGAUUUUGCCGGCGACGUACCAGGGACACUUAGACAUGACGGUGUGGUCGCCGUUUCUGUACGGAACAACCGUACCGGUGGCGCCGUACCUGACGGCGGCGAUGAUGCAAGACCUUAACACGGGAAUGAUACUACUGAACGUAAAGAUCGACGGAUGGGUGAGAUGGAAGGUGGGCACUUGGAUCUCCGGCCGAUAUCGCCUCCACGUCAACUGCCCUGCUUACAUUACCUUCGCCGCCGGAGGCAGCUCCUCCUCCUCCGCCGCCGCCGUCGUCAAGUAUCAGCUCCUCCAGAGAUGCGCCGUAGAUGUAUGACGACGUGAUAAAAUAGGGCCUUUUUUGUUUAUUUUUAUUGAUUUUGUUGUUGGUUUAGGUGAUUAAGGUGUUAAGCAAUGUAUUUUGUUUUUUUAAGGAGAUAAUGAUGUUGAAAUUGAAAAACAGGGUUUUUUUC